ACGUUGAUGUAACAUCUGCGAUAAGAUGUCAUCUGAUUUUUCAUAAGUAGCUAUUUAAUAGUUAAAAAAAUUUUUUUUUUAACCGAAAAUUAUUUAUAAAACUUCUUGUAAAGAAACUGAGAGUGCCUUGCUGUUUUACAAUCUGAAACAAAUCUUUUUUAGAACGAUGAAUGAAACGCGAAAUCAAAAUCAAAAUAUCUUAUAUCUGGAAUCCCUUUGUCAAGAAUUAUAUUCCCCAAAGUCUCAAGAACAACGCGCAAAGGCCGAAAAGUUACUAGACAACGCCUUUCCAACCUUCUCCGAGACUUUAUCUCCACGUACCAACGGGUCAAAUGGUUUGCCAAACAACCCUCUGGGUGUAAAAAUUCAAUCCCCAACUGAAUCUUCCAUGUAUUGUCAAUGGCUUUUGGAAAAUUCAACCUCGCCGUAUGCUCAAUUAUUUGCGUCGGCGAGGUUAAAGAGUCUGGUCUUGGAUCAUUAUUCUAUGUUCACAUCGAAACAAAAAUUAGAACUGAGAAGUUUUUUAUUCAAUUAUUUGGCUGUACAUCCUGAUUAUCAGCCAUUUGUCUUGUCUUCGCUUGCACAACUGAUUGCAACUAUAACAAAAGUUGGAUGGUUCGAAGACGAUGAAUUCAAAAAUAUAACUAAUGAACUAUCAAAAUUUAUACAGUCUACUGUAGACCAUAGGAUUGUAGGUUUGCAAGUAUUAUCUACUGUCGUUGCUGAGAUGAAUCAGCAAUCUCCGCGAAAUAUGGCAAGACAAAGAAAAACAGCUAUUGGGUUUAGGGAUUCUGAAUUAUUAGACAUUUUCCGAUUGGGUUUGGUAGUUUUACGUCAAAUAUUGAACGGAGAAAUGGCGUUCACGAAUGAUAAUCAAGAACGUAGAGUAAAAGAAUAUUGUUUGAUAUUGCUUCGCAAUUGUUUGGCAUUUGAUUUCAUUGGUACAACUCCGGACGAGUCUGGUGAAGACGUUGGAAGUAUUCAAGUAACGUCUUCUUGGCGUUCAACAAUCGAAGACCAAACUUUCCUUCAGACAAUGUUCGAGGCUUAUAAACGUUUUCAACCACCACAUUCGAGUCAAGUUAUGGAAGUGCUUGUUCAAAUUUCUUCGAUUCGUCGGUCACUAUUUAAUGAAGAAGAACGUUCUAAAUUCCUUCAUGCAUUGAUGCAAGGAAUUAAUGAAAUAAUAAUAGGUUCAAUAGGCUUGUCCGAUUUGGACAACUAUCACGAGUUUUGCCGUCUUCUUUCAAGAUUUAGAUCGACAUAUCAAUGGAGUGAGAUAACUGAGAAAUCUGGAUAUAGUGAUUGGAUUGAUUUGGUUGCCGAUUUCACUAUAAAAGGAUUUAACAGUUGGCAGUUUGUACCAAAUAGUAUUCAGUAUUUGCUUACAUUUUGGUCCAAAAUGUAUUCGUCUGCUGGAAGUUCGCGUCCGGGUUCCACCAAUAAAUUAGAUAUAAUUUCAAGCAAACUAACUGAAGCAUAUAUAAGUUCUAAAAUUCAAUCAGUGGAACAAAUAUUAAAUGGUUCUAUCGAUGAUCCCCUGGAGAAUGAAGAUGCCCUCAUAGACGAUCUCGAAAUGUUUGCAAAUAUUGCGCGUUAUAAAUAUGAUGAAUCUCAGAAAAGCAUUAAUAAUGUGUUUCAACCAAUUUUCAAUCAAUAUAAAGAAUUAUAUACACAAAUGAACGCUGGAAUUGUUGACGAUUCCUAUACCCAAUUCUUUGAUACAAUUGAAACGAAAUUUGCCUGGCUUAUGUACAUGAUUGGAGGGAUGGUUGGAGGUCGACAGACUUAUAUUAGCACCGAAGAUCAAGAUUUGAUAGAUGGUGAGCUUACAUGUCAGAUUCUACAACUAAUGGAUAUGAACGAGCAAUGGAAUGCACCGCGCACCAGUGGUAGUGGUUACGAAAAAUUUGAAUUAGCAUUAAUUUACUUUUUCCAGCAAUUUCGCAAGAGUUAUAUUGGUGAAAGCGCACAAAGAGUUUCAAAAGUUUAUAGCAAAUUAUCUGAUAUUGGAUAUAACGAUCAAUCUAUGUUAUUAAAUGCUAUUAUUCAAAGGAUAGCAAAGAAUCUUGAAGGAUGGAGCCAUAGUUCAAAAAUAAUUCAACGUAGUGUGACAUUGUUCAACGAUUUGGCUGGCGGAUAUAGUUCUGUCAGGCUUCUGCGAAAACUUGAUAUUGUGCAGUAUAUUCUACGAAACCACACCAUUAAAAAUUUUCCUUUUCUUGACACUACAAAUAAUUUGCGAUCGCGUAUGAUCUAUUAUUCCGCUCUUUCAAGAAUAUUAUUUGCAGAGGAUAAUGUUGAAAGAGACUUUGAAAAUUUUGUUAAACCUUGGGAUAUCACACUGACCGAACUUGGUGCUUUAAAUUCACUAGAUGCUUUUAGACAGCCGGCUGUUAAAGCGACCAUUUCGGGUAUUUUUCGCGAUUUGAGAGGAUUUCUUUCUGCAAUUCAGAGCAGAAAGAAUUUUUUGGUGUUUUUUGAAUGGUUUUACCCUCAAUAUAUUCCAAUUUUAUAUUAUGCAUUAGAAGCUUGGGAUAAUGAUCCAUUAGCAAUUGCGAUUUUAAAGUUUUUUCUAGAAUUUGUAAAUAAUAGAUCACAGAGAUUGAAUUUCGAUAUUUCCUCACCAAAUGGUAUUUUAUUAUUCCGGGAAACGAGUAAAGUAAUCUCGACUUAUGGACGGCAAAUUAUUGGACGUCCUUUUAAUAGUCAAGAUAAAUAUGCUGAAAAAUAUAAAGGAAUAUCAAUUUGUUUUAGUAUCUUAACGAAAUCCUUUGCGGGAAGAUAUGUCAAUUUUGGAGUUUUCGAACUUUAUGGCGACAAAGCUCUUGAAAUAGCUCUCAAUACCUCGUUCGAAAUGAUGCUUUGUGUCCCAUUCGAUGAUAUCCUUAUGUACCCAAAACUUUCAAAAACGUUUUACGAUUGGCUAGAUACAUUCACUAACGAACAUAUGAUGGCAUUAUCUUCUAUGAAUUCAAAUGCAUUCCUUUAUAUUAUGCGUGCUCUUGCAGAGGGCAUUCAACAAUUUGAUGGUUCCCAAUGUUCUGCUGCUUGUAGUGCGAUUGACCAUAUUUGUACUUUUGUAAUCCAACAAACUGCCAAACAAAAGCCAAAACAACAUUGGCUCCUCUCUUAUUUAACCCAAUACCCAAAUAUAUUGCCUUAUUUAUUUACAGCCAACUUUAGUGCAGUGCUAUUCGAAGAACGUCAAAAUCAGUGGUCGCUCUCACGUCCAUUACUUUGUUUAAUUUUGCUGAACCCAGAUUACUGGGAACAGUAUACUCGUAACCUAGUUUUAUACCAAUUGCCUGAAAGAAGAGAUAUCCUUGCAAAGGCAUUGUCUUCAUUAAUGCAAGAUGUUGAAAUUAGUCUGAUAUCCAAAAAUAGAGAUCGAUUUACCCAGAAUCUCAGUACAUUUAAAAGAGAAUUAACGAAUGAUAAUGUUAUAUUGGUAGCACCACCUAUGGAUAUGAAAAUGACUAUGUGAACUUCAAGGUUUAUUUUUAUUUCUGAUCACUUGGAUCAUUGUAUCGAUAAUAGCAUUAUUGUAUAUUUAUCUCUGGAAGGCAAAAAGUUUUUUAUUUUAAUAAUUAAAUUAUCUUGUAUUAAUUAAAUUACCUUUUGUGGUUUACAAAAUUUUUAUUCCAUGGAUUUAACUCGAUUGUUUUAUUAUAUUUUACAGACUUUAG